UUUUCAAACACACUUUACAAGUUUCCGUCCCCUUCUCUAUUUGAAACGAACAGCAGGGAAAAAAAGAAAAAAAAAAAAAACGCAAAACAUCUCACAGAUUUUACAGUGAUUUAUAUGACGAUUGAAACCGUACAGUUUAGGCAUAAAAAAAACAGCAAAUGAACUGUACCUUUCUGAACAUGUAUUGAAUAAACUACAGAAAUGUGUGGUAUAUGUUGUUUGUUGAUAGAAAGAAAUGAGAAAGAUUACAGUGAUCCUAAGCAUUGUAUGAAGUAUGGACAAAUUCGUCACAGAGGACCAGAUUCAUCUAACACAAAGGAGGUUACAAUAUCAGACAAACAUGUAUUGACCUUGACAGGCCAUGUCCUUCAUCUUAGAGGUCAACUCACAUCACAACCUCUUCAACAUCAGAAUGGUGACCUACUUUUGUGGAAUGGGGAAAUAUUUGGUGGAAUACAAAUUAGAGAAGAAGAGAAUGAUACUGAGAUUUUACUGCAAUUGCUAACAAAAGAUGCAUCACCAAAACAUAUACUGAAAACCAUGGCAACUGUAGAAGGACCCUGGUCAUUUAUAUAUUGGCAGAAUGCAACACAGACUCUGUAUUUUGGAAGAGAUAUGUUUGGAAGGAGGAGUUUAUUAUGGCACCUCCCACAGACUGUUGAUGAUGUGUUUUUGCUGUCAUCUGUCAGGAUAAGUGAUUAUGAAUUUCAAGAAGUGCCAUCAGUUGGAUUAUUUUCCAUGCAUGUAUGCAGUGAUGUUAUUACCAUGACAAUGUAUCCUAGGGAUGAGGCAGUUUGGCCAGGGACAACUGUCCUGGUCAGAUCAUCUGAACCUCAUCAUUUCUGUAUACCAUUUACUCUAGCUCCAAAUUUUGAUUUCCAAUUCGAAGAGGCACAAGUGGUACCUAUGUCAAUACCUAAAUUAAAUAAACAAUUACAAUGCAUUAUAAGAUCACCCAGCAAAAAUCUUAGCACUGAUGCUAAUGAAUUAAUAACUAAAUCAGUACUAGAUGAGGAAAGCAUUUCUAGUUUUGUUUCUAAAAAGCAUAAUAUAUCAGAAUCAUCUGGCUGUGUCCAUGAAGCAAUAGCUAUGCCAGAAUCCAGUUCUGUCCCUGAAAGAGCUGCUAUACCAAGUUCUUCUCAUGUAUCUACAGGGAAUAAGAAAAAAGUUAAUGUACAAAUACUAGAGGAUAUUAUAGAUCCAAAAUCAUAUCUAGAAAAUGUCUUACAGACUGAUGCAUUGAUGAACAAAUUAUCAGAUCAACUAAUGGAUGUUUUGUUAAAAGCUGUUACUUUACGUGUAUAUAAUCAAGUGGAUUUACCUAGGACCAGAAAUUCAGGUGUUCACUGCCAAAGAAUGGAAACUUUGCAGUAUGCUGAUGGAAGUUCUGAAAUGUGUCAAAAGACUUCUGUAACACAAAGCCAUUCAAGUAAUAAUGAGUGUGAAUGUUGUUUGGGAAAAGAGGGUAAUUGUGAUAGAGUUACAUGUUUAAUAGACAAUGUUCAUUUAGAAAAUCCAUGUAAGUCAGAAUCUAACAGGAAUGAAACACUUCCAUGUAAAACUGCAGAGGAUAAUUUAUUACCAGUAAAUGCAAAAGAUAAGAAACCUGACAUAAAGGAUAGCACUAAAGACAGUCUACCUCAUGUUGCAAGUUCUUGUUCAAUUUCAGAGAUAGUUGGCAAUGCUAGGGUAGCUGUGUUAUUUUCUGGAGGGAUAGAUUCUACUGUAAUCACUGCUCUGAUUGAUAGAUGUUUGCCUGAAGAUGAACCAGUGGAUUUAAUGAAUGUUGCCUUUGAACAAAAGGCAAAGUCUCCACAGAAGAAGAAAGGUGAAAGGCCCAAGACAGAAACUAUAACAACCAACUGGAAUGUACCAGACAGGGUAACAGGUUAUACAGCUUUACAGGAACUAAAUCCAAACAGAAAAUGGAAUUUUAUUGAGGUGAAUGUAUCCAUAAAAGAGCUUCAAGAACUAAGGUCUAACCAUAUACAACAUUUAUUAUAUCCAUUAGAGACAGUAUUAGAUGAUAGCAUAGGUUGUGCUGUGUGGUUUGCUUCCAGAGGUUGUGGAAUUCUGGGUAAUACUAAACAGGCUGGGAAGGCUUACAGAAGUACUGCUAAGGUAAUAUUAUGUGGUAUGGGUGCUGAUGAACAACUUGCUGGCUAUUCAAGACAUAGAGGAAAAUUCAUGGAACAUGGAUGGGAAGGAUUACUUGAAGAAAUAGAAAUGGAGGUGAACAGAAUAUCAGCCAGAAAUCUGGGAAGAGAUGAUAGAAUUAUAACUGACCACGGUAAAGAAUCAAGGUUUCCAUUCAUUGAUGAGAAUGUUGUCAACUAUUUGCAAAAGCUACCUAUACAAUAUAAGGCAGAUUUGUCUUUACCCAGAGGUGUUGGAGAAAAACUUCUGCUACGUUUAUGUGCCAUGAAACUAGGACUAGUCAAAACUGCUACAUUCCCUAAGAGAGCAAUACAGUUUGGAUCUAGGAUAGCAAAAACUGAGAACAACAAAGAGAAAGGAUCGGACAAAUGUCAAAGAUUAAAUAUGAAAUAAAAAUUAUCUUCUACUUGUGCAUUUAUUAAAGGUUGUUGAUGACAAUCAUUUACAAUAAAAAAAAAUUUCAGAAUCAUUAUUUAAAAUAACAAAAUAAUUACAUUCGUUGAUCAACAUCCAAAUUGAUGGUGAUGAUGAAUGACUGUUUAAUGUCCAGUGGCAAAUAAAAGAUAUAGUCAGGACAAGAACACGAUAAUGCCAUUUAAAUAUGUAGGACUCUAAAGUGCGAUGGGGGCGCUAAAACGCGAUGGUCACGCUAAAGUGCGAUGGUAUACGCUAAGGUGCGAUGGUUUGGUACGCUAAAAUGUGAUGGUGUGUGCUGUUCAGUAGAACACGCUAAAUUCUGAUGCCUCAAUAUGCUAAAGCGCGUUUUUCCACGAAAGUGAGUUUGUUCAUGAAAGUCAGAAAGUUAGCAACGUUAAGCAACGUUAAACAGCAUUCUGACAUUACAAGCAGUUUGUACAAACAAAAAUGGACAUGCCGGAAAAACAGAAUAUUUGUCCAUGGUUUUUAUUAGACAAGGAAAAAAGGAAAAAAAAAUGAUCCCUAGCACCCGGAACAGUUUUGGUCGGUGCUGGAAGUGGUUAACUUGAUUUGGCUAGUUUGUGUUUACAAAAGGGCCUUGAAAUGACCAGUGUAAAAUAAUUCAAACAAGAAAAAUUACAUCCUGAUUUAUAUACAAAACAAUAAACGAAAGAAAAUAUACAGCAACAAACGACUACCACUGAAUUACAGGUUCCUGGCUUGAAACAGGUUCAUAAAGUACAUACUGGCUUCUGCAAUGUAACCAUUUCACUUUUUUAAUAACUAUUGUACAUUAAAUAAAAAUAAGAAGAUGUGGUAUAAUUUUCAAUGAGACAACUAUUCACCCAACAUCAAAUGAUGUUUGCAACUAAUAACCGUACGGCCUUCAACGUGGAGUUUUGGCCGAUGCCACAUAGGAAGUUAUAUAAGGCCACACAAUGACCAGUGUAAAACAAUUCAAAAGAGAAAGACAACGGCUUAAUUUAUAAAUAAAACAAUAAACGAAAAACUAACAGAAACACAGCAAAAAACAGAAACCUUUGACUGAACAACAUUUCCGUUACACCAUCGCACUUUAGCGCGUUACAUCAUCGCACUUUAGCGUGUUACACCAUCGCACUUUAACGCGUUACACCAUCGCACUUUAGCGUGUUACACCAUCGCACUUUAGCGCGUUACACCAUCGCACUUUAGCGUGUCAUAUAAUUGCACUUAAAAAACAAACAACCAUCGCACUUUAGCGUUUACCACCGUGGCACUUUUGCGUAGACCAUCGCACUUUAGCAUGACUGUCGCACAUUAGAGUACCAUCGCACUUUAGAGUCCUACAAAUGUAAACCCUCCUUUUUAGUAGAAUGACAUGCUUAGCUAGAUUUUUAAUGUGCCAGUUCACAAGGUAAUACUCUGCAGGAAGACAUGUCACCCUACCCAGACACAUUAUUCUGACCCUGAGAUGACCAGUCUUUGCUCUUACUACUUAAUGUUCUGUUUUUAGUGGAAAAGCAGUAAAUACAAAUUUUUAAGUCUUUGGUUUGACCAGGCUAGGGAUCGCCACCGCCAGCAUGUGCCACGACAUCCAAAUUGAAGAUGUCAAUGUGAUGUUCGUAAUAUUGAGUUAUUGUUACUAUGGAUUCAUUAUUAUUCAAAAUUGGGGUAUAGUUGAACCAAAAAUUUUAAUGUUCGACGAUGUACAAAUUUUUUAUAUGCUUGUAUGCAGGCUUUGGCAAGACCAUGAAAUCAAAUAUCCACAAAAACAUAAUUUUUCCUCAAUCCAUGAAAAUUGAUACCCACGAAAAAUGAAUGAAUCCACAGUACGCUGUUUACAUGUAAAUGUAAUGUUGAGUCAUGUUGUUUAGAUAUGUAAUGUUGAGUCAGUUUGUUUACAUGUAUAUGUAAUGUUGUACCAAGUUGUUUUACAUCCAUAUAUAAUGUUAAUUCAUGCUAACAGUUUACAUGUAUAUGCUGUGUCAAGCUGUUUACAUGUAUAUGCUGUGUCGAGCUGUUUACAUGCAUAGGUUAUGUUAUUUCUGUUUACAUGUAUAUGUAAUGAUGUGUCACAUUGUUAAUAUGUCAAUGUAAUUUUAUGUUAUGUCAUGAUUUUAAUAUGUACGUUGUUGAAUCAUGCCGUUAUCAUGUUUAUGCAAUGUUGAGUUAUGCUAUUUAGGGAGCUACCAUUUGAUUUUUUGGUGCUAGGAUGAAAAAUGCAUUUUUUUUUAGUUGUAAUCUCUGUCCUGCCUUUUUAUUUUUCACUCUAUUCAGUCCUGCCUUUUUUUUUAUUAGUUUAUCCUGACUUUUUUUUACAUAAAUUGUCAUCCUGCCUUUUUUUUUUGGCCAAGUUGAUCAUGCUGCCUUUUUUUUUUACUAAAACUCCUGUCCUGCCUUUUUUUCAAAUUUCAUCCUAGCUCCCAUUAAAAAUCAAAUGGUAGCUCCCUUACAUGUACAUAUAAUGUAUAUGUCAUGUUGUUAACAGGUAUAUGUACUGUUGUGUUAUGCUGUUUACAGUUAUAAGAAAUGUUGUAUUAUGCUGUUUACAGUUAAAAGUAAAGUUGUGUUAAGGUGUUUAGAUGUAUAUGUAAUAUUCCUCACUAUUAUCUUUGGAAAUGUCCAAAACCAUGUUUUAUAUCUGAUCAUCUUUUUAUUAUAACUUUGCUCCAACAAGUGGGGUAAUACUAGUUUAACUCCAUCUGUCAUUCCGUCAAUCUGUGUGUCCAUUUGUAACACUUUUUUUAAACAUUUUUGUUUAGCACAUACAAAUCAGCUUCUUGAUAUUUUGCAUCAAGCUUCAUAUUGGUAAGAUACCAUGGGACACAUUUUCAGAUCCAUCAUUUAUCUUCCUCUGAUUGCCACAUGCAACAUGUAUGUUCAUUACAUUGAUGCAUAUAUAAGAAAGUUUUGAUGCAUUUUUCUCAGGAAGCACACAUGAUAGCUUCUUUUUAUUUUAUACCAAGUUUAAUAAUAGUAAGCAAAAAGAUUUCCUUAUCUUCUUUUAGUUUUCUGCUUCCACAUUGUUUGGUAAAACAUGCAUAUGUAUUUCCUUUCAGUUAAAAUCAAGAGUGGGGGUAUAUUUAAGUGACCAGUAACUCACACUACAUCUUGUCGUCACUUUCUAACACUGAUACAAUAAAGUAAGAUAUUUUGGAUCAACUGGAGUAUACAUAUACAGAACAAAUUGUUCCCAGUACAUAUAGCGCACUAUUAAUGAGUAAAUUAGCAAUUAUUAAAUUAUACUGUAGCACUGUAGGCUGUGUCAAUGGGUGGUCUAGCGCCAUAUGCUAUGUCUUUGGUUAGAGUGAGGUUAGGGUUAUUAUUUCAAACUUGUAUCCUGUGUCAAUCUGCCGUCUAGUGUCUACUGAAUAUGAAAAGGAUACUAUUGGGUACAUAUCUGUCAGUAGCAAAUCAUCAACACAAAAGAAGAUUAAAAGACAUCUAGAAGUCAACAUAUAGUCUUAUGAUCAGUCUGUUUAAUAAAACUUACUGUAAACUUGAUGAAAUUUGUACUUUCAAUUACCAAGAAUAUCCUUAUACACUGCAGAAAUUUACCUCAUGGAACUGACUUUAAACAAAUCUAUGAACAGCUAGAACUGUUCUUUUCUUGAUUUUAUAUUUCAGUUUCACAUGGGAAUCUCUAUUAAAAUUUAAGACAAAAGAGAGUAUUUUUUUGUUCCUGUUUUCUUAUUGCUACAGUGAUGUUCCUUUGGGCCCUUUUAAGAUGUGUAUAUUGCCCAACUAGUUCCCUAUGUUUGUGUUCAUAACAGCUAGAAAUAUUUAAGAUUUUAAUAAAUAUUCUAUGUACAUUAUUAAGUUUGAAUUACUUGAAACCUCUACUAAAAUUUCUUUCAUAGAUGCAAAGAUUUGAUUUGAAAGCUUUGCUGUACAUGUAGAAAUCUUAUAAAUGCAAUUUCACAUCAACAUUUUUACAGUUAUGUUUAUAGCUUUAAAUAGCUUGGAACUUACAAUAUUGUCCCUUGAAUAAACUUAUUCUUAAAGGUGAUUAAUUAAACAUUGUAGUAAAAUCUUUGAAUAUUGUCUUUAUUUGGUACUAACAUUGAUUUUAUUUUUGAUAGUUUAAUACAUAUGUACAGCUAUUUUAUUAUUUACACAAUAUUGUUUUUCAUCCUGUCGAUACUUAUAUUUUGGUAUUGACAAGGUAAAACUUUUCCCACUUGUACUCUUAGAUCACUACUU